AUGGCAGGAGCGGAACUCAAGAGAAUCGCCGAAGGAAGUCUGAAAUCCAGUGAAAAGCAAGGCCUGGCUAGCUCCGUCCAGCAUAAUCCGGAGACCCUGAGUGAUCCAUGUUUUGAGGGUAUUGACCACGUUUGGCACCCACUACCGGUUUCUCCUGGCUUUGCUCGGAGAGCCAAGGCCCCAAGCACCCCCAAAGGAAGCCAGGCCAGUGAAAGGCAAGGCGUGGCUAGCUCCGUCAAGCAUGAUCCCGAGACCUUAAUUGAUCUAGACGUUGAGGUUACCAGUAACAUUAUCGAUCUAACAUCGCCACCAAGCUCGGUUGGAAGGCGUACAAUGAGCUGUGACCGGUAUCUACCAGGCCAGGCGAAGCCACCCCAGGAGCAGGAGAUUGAAAGACUGGAGAGGGAGAUGGAGGAACAGCAGCGCGAGUUUCAACAAGCCCAAGCAGCGCGAAGAGAAAAGAUCCAGCACUUACAGAAACAGCACGGGGGAAAGUAA